AACUACUAGUUGUUGGUUUAUGACAUCUUUAUCAGCUUAUAAAUACCAUGAUCCAGAAGGCAAUCUCCAACAACUUCAGCAGUAAGCACAGCUAGAUCACAACGAUUGGAAGCCAAAAUAUGGAUAGCAGAUUCUCAAGCACGGUCAUGAGUGCCCCGAUUGUAUCAAGGGGACUCAUUUUGACUAAAGCUUAUCAACCCAUUUGCACUCUUCCGAAUUCUUCCAAACUCAACGCCAUAGAAAGAAAAGAUAGUCUUGCGGUGUCCACCAAAAAUCACGGCAACCGUAGCUUAGGACCAAAACUAAUAGAAAUUGUGAAACACAAGCUGAGUUACGGUGCAAAAAUCCUACCACUUGGCCGUGAAGGAAGAAUCUUUCGUAAAAGUUUCAGUACAACAGAUUGUGAGAACUUGUUGCAUACUUCAAGGUGUUCCAUAUACACUACAGCUGGCGCGAUCACUGGCAUACUGUUCAUUUCUAAUGAAAGGGUGGGAUUUUGCAGUGAUAGGUCCCUCAAAACAUAUUCUGCAGCAGGGGAAGUGUUGAAGUUCCAAUAUAAGGUGUCAAUUCCGUUAGGAAAGAUUAAAGGAGUAGAAGAGAUCAUGAACAUAAAGAUGUCAUCGAAUAAGUAUGUGGAGUUGGUGACUGUGGAUAAUUUCAGCUUCUGGUUUUUGGGCUUUCCAAAUUCUAAGAAAACUUUAAGAUCUCUGCGUCAGGCUAUUAAUCAGUCACGAUUGCUUACCAAUUGAUGUAAAGCAUUAGUCAUCAAUUCCGUGUAUAUUUAGAUUAUACAACAAUAUGUUGCAGUGGCGGAACUAGACCUUCAACUCAGGGGUAUCCCAAAAUUUUUUAGGGGUGUCCUCGUACUUGUUCAAGGGUGUCCUGUGUAUAAAAAUCGGGAAAACAUUUUUUUUUACACUACUCGUAAAAACUUGAGCCGUAGCCCGGGCUACGCCCGUUUACACUACAGGUCCGCCCCUGAUAUGUUGUAUGGCUAUUUUUUUUAAUGGUAGCUGUAUAUACAUUUAUUGAUAGACAUUAGCCAUUGACAAUGAGUGAUUUUUCAUUGUU